CAACCCAGAUUCCAACAGGUUCUACUUAUCAGUAAUGACAUCAUCGCUAUAGUCGUGCGUGAGACGUGAACAAGAACGAACGUAUUUUGCCCUGCCAUUUUUGUGACUGACGCAACUAGCUUCGUGUCUUUAUAUUCAAUUUUAAUUUUAAAAAUAUCCGACUUUAUUUCUCUAUCAAAAUUUAAACUGAUUCGGUAAUUUAAGGUAGUCCGUUUGAGAUCGCUUAAGUAUUCGAACGCUUUCUAAUCCGUUAUAUUUUUGUGCCAGUCGAUUGCAUCAGAAUCGGCCGGCAGAACGACAAUUUGUCAUUGUCUUUGUCGUUCUGAGCAUUGAAAGCUAGAAUAAAUUUUGUUUGUAAUAGCCAAAUCGUCCCUGCCUUGACUAGUUCAAGGGGAUGGGUGCCAAAUUAAGAAGAAGAAGAAGAAGAAGAAGCUAAUACUGCCAAGGACCAAAUCAGACCCUUUAGAGAGGGUGUCUUUACUGAAAAAAGAAGAAGCACUAUCGCACAAUCGUAUGUGACAUUCUAAUCUGCAUUCUCACAAUUAUUGCGAUACAAUGUCGGAAUUCGCAGAUUGCAGCAUCACUCAGACGCUGAUUUCAGCUGCUACUUCUGUGAUUACAUUUAUGGCCGAAAGCAUGAUAGUGUUUGAAGAAGAAUCAGAGAAAUGGUAAACAGUAUGCAAAAUGUCAUAUACAGGCAUAUUAAUCGCUAAUCAUCAGUUUAAAAUGGUUGAGUUCAAAAACAUUGCCUGGGUGUACCCAGAUAUCAUUUUACUCUUGUUUAUAGUUUGGUAAAUAAUAAAGAUAAAAUAAUAAUUUAAUGUUUCUGAACGCAACCAAGAUCAGUCGCGCCAAUUCCAAUUACCUUGAAAAUAGGCUAAUUAAAUUUAUAAAUUGUUAAUUGUAAAAAACUUUUAAAACUGAUCAUCCCUAAUCUAACUUUGUCAUUAUUUUAAUAAAAAUUAAAAUAAUUAAAGAUAGUUAAAUAUUACAUAAUUAUUAAUUAUCAGUAUUUUACAAAAAUAAAUUACAAUUUGCAGAAAAUGAAUAAGAAAAAUAAUACGAUCAGUUUUAAGUUUCGCAGUUGGCAGUUAUUAUGAAUAAAUUUGUAAACAGCCCUUAUAGUUCGGCAGAUGAAUUAAAGACAGUCAUAAACUACCAAAGGGUUAUUACGAAGCAAGAUGAGCUCUUAGAUCAAUCGAGCCUACAAGCAAACAAGCAUGUCAUAGAAUAUUCCGCAGACAUUUAUAAAGAAACUCCAUAUGGAAGACAAUGUUAUUACGUCUUUUAUGUUAUUCUGGAAUUGGAAUUCCUCGAUCGAACCGAGACAGACAGUGCAAUGCAGACGAGCUAUCUUUUGACUAUACGGAAUACGGUGCCUUUUUUCUACAACAUCAGUAAUCCUUUAAUAAGACACUGUUGUAACCACAUCCUACAGAAGUUACUAUCAUAUGCCCCCAAAGUUCGAAUAUUACUUUCGGCGAAUAAAGAAUCAGAACUUUGUUCAAAUUCUUUCAACAUUACUGAAAAUCAAAGCAAUGAAAAAGACACGCCACAGAAAACAGUAAUUAAAUGUGUAUUUGAAGAUGAACUAUUUAUAUCAGAUAAAUUUUACCAUGAUUUGUAUGAUGAUCUAUAUAAGUUAAAACUAAAUUUGGACACCUGUAAAUGGACGGAAUCUGAUGUGCUAAGAGAAAGGUACCAACAUGAGAUUUUAAUCGUGCUCGAAGUUGUACGUGAGUUGGCUGGAAUUGUUUUGCCAAGAGUACAAUGGUACACAACAUUUUUUAUUACAUUUUAUACAAUGGGUCUUUCCAAAUCUAGUGACAUGAUAACAUCACAUUAAUAAUUAUUUAUAGGUUUCCGGCAGAACCAUGCCGUAAAAGAAUUUUUACUCGGGCAAAUUUUGAAAUGGGUCCUGCGAAAGAAGUUAUUACUGGCAAAGAUUUUGACAAACUAUAUAAAACGAAUCAUUUGUACCGUUACAACAAAGAAUUUGAGAAAGAAGUUUCCAUUGCUGACGGAGGUUUUGGCAAAGUGUAUAGAGCGCGUCAUCGUCUCGAUGGAAAAGAAUAUGCGAUUAAAAAAAUAACGGCUGAUCAUAUUAUCAAGUUGCAACUAAAUGAAGUAACGAUACUUGCUGCAUUAAAUCAUCCUAAUAUUGUCUCAUACCAUACAGCUUGGAUCGAAUGUUGUCGGCUGUUGUCCUGUACUUCAAACAAAUCCACAAAUAAUAUACUAUCAUCGAAAUUGAAUGGAAAAGAUUUUAAGUCAUCUAGUUUGCUGGCCAUCAAAGAUUUUGAAAAAUGUUAUACUGAUGAAUCUAGUUCGGACGCAACGUUUUUUCAAAAUAACGAUAUUAAUGACAGAUUUGAAAAACUUGAUUUAUCAACUAACAAUAUGGAAAAGAAUGUUCAAGAAAAUACCACUGAAGAAUCCAGUUCGGAUAUAGUGUCUUUUCGAAAUAGCAAGAGCAAUGAAAAUGCAGAUCAAGUAGUUGUAAAAACAAGUACUGAUAACAGUUCUUCAUGUGAAGAAUCUAGCCGAGAAGUUAAUAUAUACACUUCCGAUAAAAAUAAACCGUAUACCUUAAACAUUCAAAUGGCCCUGUGUGAACAAACGCUCGAACAAUGGCUGUGUGAUAAAAUGAGUGUAAUACCUGAACCAAUAACUAAAGCGAUACUUGAACAGAUUGUUUGUGGAGUGGAUUAUAUACAUUCUCAAAAAAUCGUACAUCACGAUAUAAAGCCCAGCAAUAUAUUUAUAUCGACAUCCGGACAACUUCGGGUUCAAUUAGGUGAUUUCGGUUUAGCUUGUUGGUUACGAAAAGAGCAUCAUUCUGCGCGUGGUACCCGUAUGUACGCAGCGCCAGAACAAAUGCAGGGAAAGUGUGAUCCAAAGAGUGAUAUUUACAGUAUAGGGGUUGUUUUUAUCAAGCUCUUGAUUUCAAUAAAAACUGAAACGGAGUUAAGUUAUAUAAUUAAAUCCUUAAAGUCUGGCGAAGUACCAGAAGCUCUUAAGCUGCAUAAGUGGGUGGGUUUCAAACAAAUUAAAUUUUUUAUUUAUAUUAUAUGCAUUUAUGUUAUCUUUCAUGAAAUCUAUAUUCCGUCUAUACUUUUGCUUAGUUACAAAUCAUUCAGCGAUUAA